GUAACUACUUCUUGCUUUCUCUCCAUAUUCCAUCCCACAUCAGCAAGUCGACACAAUGGCUCCCAAGACCAAGGCCCCCGCUAAGGACAACGUCACUCUCGGCCCUCUCGCCGGUGAUGGCAAGCUCGUUUUCGGCGUUGCGCGUAUCUUCGCCUCUUUCAACGACACCUUCGUCCACGUUACCGAUCUCUCCGGUCGCGAAACCAUCUGCCGUGUCACCGGUGGUAUGAAGGUCAAGGCUGACCGUGACGAGUCUUCUCCCUACGCCGCCAUGUUGGCUGCUCAGGACGUUGCCGCCCGCUGCAAGGAGCUCGGCAUUAACGCUCUUCACAUCAAGAUCCGUGCUACUGGUGGUAACGGCACCAAGACCCCCGGUCCCGGAGCCCAGUCUGCCCUUCGUGCUCUCGCCCGUUCCGGUAUGAGAAUCGGUCGUAUUGAGGACGUCACCCCUACUCCUUCCGACUCUACUCGUCGCAAGGGUGGUCGCCGCGGUCGUCGUCUGUAGGUAUGUGCGAGUCUGCAGCGCGCAUCUAUUUGUCUUGUAUUCCGGUUGGCAGAGUUAUUUACGCCAUGUGGCUGGACUUUAUGGGACAUGGAUUUGCUAGCUAGGCUUAUUACCUGCUGAAUGUGGAUGGAAUAAACGCGAAGAACGGCAAUUUUGCCUGGUCUUCAACUUAUCAUGUCCAAUAUAUGAUAAAAAAUUUUCGGUUCGCUGG